AUGAAGGUCUUCAUCGCCAUCCCCGUGCUCUUCGCCGCCUCUGCCCUCGCCGCCCCCGACUGGUCCUACACAUUCACCUUCUCCAACGCCGAGAGCACCUGGACGUCAUACACGUACGCAACGGGCGCUCCCAACGCCACGACCACGGGCCCCGCGAGCAGCACCUGGACCGGCCCUGAGGAAUUUGUCUCGACCACCUCGUACACGGCGGAGUUCAGCUCCGGCACGUCGACCUGGGGCGUGCCGACCGUGGUCUCGUACAGCGUCGGCGAGACCUGGACCAGCAUGAUCCCCGCGGCGACGGGCUCGACGUCUGCCGCCGUGAGCAGCGCGGCCAGCGCUACUACCGAGACUGCUGUCGCUGCUGGCACCACUCUUGCGGCGUCCACCACGAGCGCUGCGGCGACCUCUUUUACUGGAGCUGCUGCGCCAAACGUCAAUGGCAAGCUGGCUGGGGUUGGCGCCAUUGCUGUGGCUGGACUGGCUCUUGUUCUGUAG